GGGGUAGUACGCACGUUUGGAACGCAGCCUUUACUUCCAUAGUAAGGGUGGGUUGGUGCGAAGAAUUUACUCACGCGCUGUCUAAGCGCGCUGUCUAAGCUGUUGGUGCAUCGCCUCAGCUCUCCAGAAAACGUCAAAAGAAGAAAGGACACUCCGACGAGUUUAAAAGCCGAACAAUGUGUGUAAAGUCGCCUCCUCUGUCUGAGUUAAAGGCAGCACGGAGUUGACCAUGUUAACCUGCUUCUCUGGACACAGUAACUCCAGCGCUGAACAUGCCGGCAUCCCCGGCGCCACCGUCAUCCUGGCCGCAUUAAUGAUGGUCCUGGUGGUCGUCGUGGUCGUGGGAAACGCGCUGGUUAUCUUUGCAUUUGUCGUGGACAAGAGCCUCCGAAAUCAGAGCAACUACUUCUUCCUUAAUUUGGCUAUAUCAGAUUUUCUGGUCGGGGCAUUCUGUAUCCCCGUGUACAUGCCCUACAUCUUGACAGGUCGAUGGAUGCUGGGCCGGGGCCUCUGCAAGCUGUGGCUCGUGAUGGACUAUCUUCUCUGUACUGCCUCCGUCUUCAACAUAGUCUUAAUCAGCUACGACCGCUUCCUAUCUGUCACCAGAGCUGUGAGGUACAGAGCACAGCAGGGCAUGACUCAGCUCGCUGUGGGAAAGAUGCUGGCAGUGUGGCUGCUGGCUUUUCUCCUCUAUGGCCCAGCCAUUAUCUUCUGGGAGGAUGUAGCUGGCCAGAGCAUUGUUCCAGCUGAUGAGUGCUUUGCCGAGUUCUAUUGCACAUGGUACUUCCUGCUUAGUGCAUCUACCUUUGAGUUCUUCUCACCAUUUAUCUCAGUGACCUUCUUCAAUCUCAGCAUCUACCUCAACAUCCAGCGGCGGAACAAGAGCCGUGCAGUUCACCGAGGUGCAGAGAAAGAGGAUGGCUGGAGGGUAGUGGAUGGUGGUGCGUCGCCUUCGUCUGCAGUCUUUUUUGUCAGGACACGCAAAGUCUCCUCCAGUGAACUGGCACCCGUUUCAGCGGUGAUCGAGGAAGACAUGGAGAUUUCUCCAUCCUCCAGUGGAGACCCCAGCUGCAGCCAUUCAGUGUCUCUCUCUCUGAAGACAGUCAGUAAGAAGAAAGGAGCACUUAGCUGCUGGUUAAAGACACGCAUGGUUCAGUCACAGGCACCCUCAAGGAAUGGGGAGCAUUCGCGUCUCUCGCGGGACAAGAAGAUCGCCAAAUCUUUGGCGAUAAUAGUGUGCGUUUUCGGUGUGUGCUGGGCUCCGUACACCUUGCUAAUGAUCAUUCGAGCAGCCUGCAGUGGCAUGUGUAUAGAACAUCACUGGUACGAAGUCACAUUCUGGCUUCUUUGGCUCAAUUCAGCCAUCAACCCUUUCCUGUAUCCGUUGUGCCACAGCAGCUUUCGCAGGGCCUUCGCCAAGAUCCUUUGCCCCAAACGACAAUCUGUCAGGCCACAUGAGGACAACCCAUCCUGCCAGUGACAGCAGACAAGAUUUCACACAGUUUUCUGCAGAUUGUCAGAGGGGAUAAUGUGUGAAUAUUGAGGCAGCAGCCUGUAAGAUGCUCAUGUCUGAGAAAAUCAAUAAGAUCAUAGGCAGCUUAAUUGUCUGGAGAGAAAACGUCUUAAUUUUUGACUGCACAAUUUUGAUUUUCAGAUCUCUGUUAAACUUCUCAAACUUUCUGACCGUUGGCAAGAAAUAGUGUUAAAAGUAAUGCAUGAGCAUGUACAAUCCAUUCCAUCAUCCUCUCGAUUAUCCUUCAUAACGAGGAUGUGCAUUCAGCUAGACAGAGCUUAGAGUGUAAUAAUGCAAAGGAAGGCAGAGAAAAACUAAUCUUAGAGACGUUCUCUGUCCCUUUGCUGCACUCUGAACAUAGUCUGGUGUUGUUUUUGAAUGUGAGACAAACUGGUGUUGGUUUUAUAAUUUAUAAAGGAAUGUGACUUGUGUUUUCACAGGUUUGAUUUACAAUUUGGAAGGACAGCUGAAUUUGAGCAAAUGUUCUGUUGUUUUAAUCUGCCAGUUUAACAAAUAAUGACAAAUGGAUUCUCAAUUCUAUGUGUGUGGAUGUCUGCACCCACAUGGUGUGUGACUGUAUUGUUGACACUUAAAUAAUGAAUUGUGACUUAUUUAAAAAAAAAAGUGACAUUUUUAGAAACAGUCAUUUAAAGGGUGUUUUUUAAAUGAUCCUUGUACACAGUUCAAUUUCCACUGCUUCUCAAAUGAUUUGUUGUUUCCAUAAAAAUAAACUUGACAUUUGUGAACUCUUUAAAAUGCCACAGUAACAAACACACUACAGGUGUGUUUAGUUACAAUCAAGUAGCCCUGAUAUUUAGUUAUGCACUCUCUGAAACAAUCACUAGACCUUAAUCUGACUGCAAAAUCGCACCAUUUUCUGAGAAUGUCUUAUACAUGUCAUGCAAUUCAGCCCUCUGUGUUGCACAGUAAUCAGAUUUACUUGUCCAGUGCAGCUCAAACUGCAUAUUAUAACUAUCAAUAUACAUUUAGCACAGAGUGACAGUGAACUGCACCCUUUAGUUAGUAAAAGCUUUUUUCCACAUCGGUUCGAGCAAUCAACUGCUCAAUUUCAAUUCAAUAUUAAUCAGAGGCAUUCUCCUCAAACCUCAGGUCUGUUAAACAGCCAUUUCUAUAUGGAUGCCAUGUGUUAAAUAAAGCAGCACAUUAAGAUGAAUGAGGUAAAAAUGCAGAUAGUAAAGGUGUUUAUAUGCAGCAUUUUCAUGGAUUUCAUUAUGAUUUGUAAAAAGCUCUGGAAUAUUAUUUCUUUUUCUGAAAAAAAAUAAAAAGUUUCAGUCAUAUACACAUAGAAGAAAACUGUAGGCUAUUAUGCAAAUCAGUAGUUGAAUAAGCUCCUGAGCUUCACUUUAAUGAGGUUUCCUCAAAUGAAACGAGCAUUAAUCAUGUACUGAAAAGAAAUCCCAUAAGAAGCUGUAAUGGGUUGUCUGAAAUUAUAUAGCUUAAGCAGUUGGGAGAAUUGAGUGAAAAUCUGUGCAUCUGUCAUUAAUUCCUCUGUCAACAUGAGAUAAAACUCUGAAGCAGAGAGAUAUUAGAAAUAUCAAUUAUACAAGGAGAAUAUUAACUAGGCCAGAUCUGGUGACUGCAGUCUUGAUAAAAAAGGAAAGCAGGUCAAAAAUCCUUCAACAUGCUGAUGAUCACAGCCACAGCACUUUAAUGUUAAGAGCAGUGCUAUCAUUUCUGAUCUCUUUUUUCCCCAAUGAACUUUUCAUUUUUGACCUUUAUUAUGAUUGUAGGUCUACUACCAAUGGCAUCCUCAUAGUGUAGCUAGGAGUCAGAUGAUCGUCCUUACAGCCACCAUUAGUAUCCUCCUGUUAGUCUCUGGGUGAAGAUGAAACAGAGACUCAUUAAAGAACUGGAAGCAGGGCGCAGUGUCAACACGCUUCCACUUUAGGCUCCGCUGUAAUUUAGAAUGUGGCAGUACGAUCGGGCCCCGGGGCAAAGCCGAUGAGGAAGGCAGACGCAAACUCAUUUAAGAGUGUUAUCUCACCCACGCUGCAGCUCUCCUACCCUGAGAGCUUAAUGAACAGUGGUACACACAUCACGGACCACACAUCUGCUGAUAAUGCUCUUAUCAAUCGCUGGCUUGUAGCUUACAAGGAACUUGCAUAUGAGAUUAAUCAUAUUCCCAAUCAAUCCUUAGACCUCUUCUGAGAUAGCAUGUAUUGAUAGUAAGCUUUUAUUAACACACAAAUUAAAAUUGGGCAUGCAGUGAUUUAGUAUUAAUCAAGGGAGCAUCAUGAAACAUUUUAUUUAGCUCUGUGUUGACUGUGAAAUCCUUUCAUGUUUUCAUGAGAUCUUAUAGUGCUUAAAUAGUAUCUAUACUAAAGAGCGAGAAGACAGUGGACCUUUUCAUGAGAUCUUAUAGUGCUUAAAUAGUAUCUAUACUAAAGAGCGAGAAGACAGUGGACCUGAACGACAAAGAGCAGCAUCAGCGAGUGUGGCCAUUAUAAAUGAGCUUUAUAAAUGGUAUCUCCUGCUCGCUAUUAAAGAUACAUUUGCUGACUGACUAAGCAAUAAAAACUAUACCAUGCUUACUUCACAUGGUGUCAUCUAGCACUGGAGCAUCUUUUUUCAGAUUGAUGCAUCCCUAUUAAAAACCUGUUCAUGUCUUUUUACGCUUUCACUGUUGGUAAACAAAACAUCCAAUAGAAGCUUUGAACACUUCUUCAGAACUAGAUACAGAAAUGGUCCAAACAAUAAUUAUCACUAGCAUGUUAUAGUGACCCAGUAUGGCAUAACGGCUGGAAAAUGAUGUCUUGGUGCUACAGAGUUUUGUCUGCACAUACACUAGAUGAAAGCGGCAGUGGGAGUGUACAGCACUAGCAGUUGGUCAGUGGGUGUAUGUUGCACAUUUGCAAUGAUGUGACAAAAGCAAGACAAUAAAUGAGCCCCACUGCACUGAAUGUUGCUGCCACCACAGCCACUUUUCUGGCUUCUUCAAAAGCAUUUCGAAGUUGCUUUGAACAAGAAUGGAGGGACAAGCUAGAAAAUAAGCUGUGCAUAUUAAAACAAGAAGCUGAUAUUCCAAUCACAUUCUGUUUGGAUAUUGAAUGACUUGGAAAGGCAAACACUGCAAAUUGAUUAUAUUGAUGGGAAAUAGAGGCUGUAAUAUGCAUGAUGCAACUGACAAUGAUCAGUUCCACUGAAACUCAGAGACAGAGAGCUGUACCUGCAAAGGUAUUCCAAAAGUAAAGCCAGACGUUGAGCAUCGGCUGGCCAGAGCGAAUGAACUGAAUUCAAAUAGCUGCGAAGAACAGCACAUGUAAUAUGCAUGGUUUCACCAGAGGAAACAAUGAGUGUGUGCAUGACACAAGUGUGAGAGGAAAGUGAUGGAGCUGUAAUGAGUCUCAUUUGGCAGGUAGAUGAAAGGAUGGAUAAGAGAGAAGGAUGGCUCUCCUGUCAUGAAAUUGAUAUGCAUUUUAAAAGAGGGAGACAUUUUGUUUUAAAGCUAAGCAUCCCAGUUCCCCAGUUCCCCAUGAGGACAGGUUAGGGUCUAAUGUGAUUGCAAAAAGAAUUAAUAACUGUUUAUGAGCUUUGCUUAACUGAGGAGAGGAUAUUUGACUCAAACAGGCAAUUCCCAUCAUAUAAACAAAAAACACGCCAUACACAUCAAUACAAGAGCUGCCUAUGACAUGUUUAUCCAUCUAAACAUGAUAAAUCUCCAAACUCACCCUGAUAAUGCUGCCAUGAUCAUGUUAAGAAUUAA